AGAUUUAUUUGAAAUACACAAAGACCCCUUUUAAUUUCUAGGGUUUUAGGGGUGUGCCGAAGCAGCAGCUGCCAUGGAAGAAAGUGGAGUAGAUGAAGGAGGAAUAAACCCACACAUAAGAGCUAAUCAUAUCAAGAAAAGGGCUUUAAAGAACAAAUCUCUAUCUAUUUCUUUUAAUGAAAAAGAUCUCACUGAUUAUGUGACUGGGUUUCAUAAGAGAAAGAAGAAGAGGAGAAAAGAAGGGCAGCUUCAACAGCAGGAAGCUGAGCGCCGAAAGCGUAUCGAGAAACGGAAGCAGAGGAAGCUUGAAAGAGACUUUGUUCAAAAUGGGGAAGCUCCACCAACCACUGAUGAGGUACCCGAUGAAGGGGAGGAGGAAAACGAGGAGGAAGAAAUUGAUAAAAUUGCAACAGUUUCAGGCACAACAAUGUAUGAUAAUGGUGAUGUAAAAGUGGUGGUCACGACAAGUGAAAUAAAUGACGAUGAAGAGGAGCUUAAAAGUGAGAAGAUGGAAGGUGAUGUACCAAGGCUCACUACAGGAUCCAAAGAGAAGCAACACAAAAUUCCUGUGAGUAAGAAAAAACCUUUCAAAAGAGUUGAAAGAAGAAAAUCUCGGCCAAAACCACAGAGUAAAAGAGAAAAGAGGAAGGGAAAGAUUCAAAGUACCAAACGUUAACGGUUAACUAUCUUUUACACCUGUAAGAGUACUAUUAUACUGUUCUGAAUCCCCUGGCAGUAGCUUUCCUGUAAACAAACAUAUAGCAUCACAAUUUAAUUGCUUUAUCCUUUAAAUUCAAAUUAUGAAACCUCUUUAUUCUGAAA